AUGUAUUCAUUAUUGUGCAAAGCUCUACCUUUUAACACUAAAAGUGUGAAGACUGCUAGAGGUAUUAGUUUAACGUUAUUCAAUAAGAAACAGACUAUAGACCGCUCAAAAGUGCCUAUUAUAAACGAAAAUGAACUUGAAGAAAUGUUUGUUAAGGGUAGUGGUCCUGGUGGAUCAGCAGUCAAUAAAAAUGCUAAUUGUGUGGUACUAAAACAUAAACCAACUGGCAUUGUCAUUAAAUGUCAUGAAUCAAGAUGUGUUGAAGAUAACAGAAAAAUGGCUAGGGAAAAACUUGCUAUAAAAUUAGAUGUAAUAGAAAAUGGUAAUAAUUCAGUCGAAGCACAAAAAAAAGCAAUUAUAGAAAAAAAGAAUGCACAAAAAGAAUGGAAACGGAAAAAAUUAGAAACAUUGAAAAAGGAUUGGAUUGAAAGAGAAAGUAGUUUCAAACCUUAA